AUGGCGCCCUCCGCCGUCGACGAGAAGCCCAUCGGCCCGCCCGAGGCGAAGACGUAUCCGCCCGCUCACAUCUUUCCCGUCAAAGAGACUCGAUUCGAGAAGUACAUCGACCCGCAGGAGGAUGGGCGCAAGCGAGCCCUCGAGAACCCGGACACGGCGGCCAUCGUCAUUGACAAUGGCUCCUCUGCCGUGCGAGCCGGCUGGUCUUUCGAGUCGGCCCCGCGCUUCAGCAUCCCCCCGAUCAUGUCCAAGUACCGCGACCGAAAGCUCGGAAAGACCUUCUCCUUCGCCGGCUACGACUGCUACGCCGACACGACGGCCCGAGGCCACAUCCGAAACGCCUUCGAGGCCGGCACCGGCAUCGUCAGCAACUGGGAUGUCAUGGAGCACGUCCUCGACUACGUCUUCCUCAAGCUUGGCAUGAACAACGCCGACGGUGCAGUCGACGUCCCCGUCGUCAUGACCGAGGCCGUGGCCAACCUGCCCUACUCUAGAAAAUCCAUGACCGAGAUCAUAUUCGAGUGCUACGGUGCGCCUUCGCUGGCCUACGGCAUCGACUCGCUCUUUUCCUACCGACAAAACCAGGGCAAGACGGGCCUGGUCGUCUCCUCCUCCUAUACCUCCACCCACGUUAUACCAGUCUACAACUCCAAAGCGAUGCUCGCACAGGCCAUCAGGUUAAACUGGGGCGGCUACCACGGCGCCGAGUACCUGCUCAAGCUGAUCCGCCUCAAGUACCCAGCCUUUUCGGGCAAGCUCAACGUGUCGCAGGCCGAGAACAUGAUUCGGGACCACUGCUACGUCUCCAAGGACUACGACAACGAGAUCAGGAGCUACCUGGACUGGACGGGUCUCGAGGACCGUGAUGUCGUGAUUCAGUAUCCCUACACCGAGGAGGUGAUAGUGCAAAAGUCGGAAGAGGAGCUUGCUCGGAUAGCAGAGCGCAAAAAGGAGAGCGGCCGGAGACUCCAGGAGCAGGCCGCCAAGAUGCGGCUGGAGAAGCUGAUGAAGAAGGAGCAGGACCUCGAGUACUACAAGAACCUUCAGAAUCGUCUGGUGGACGAGACCAAGAAGGAGACUCGCCGUCAGCUGGACAGCCACGACCUCAAGGACGAGGCGCAGCUCGACAAGAUUGUCAAGGAACUGGAAAAGUCCAUCAAAAAAGCCCGCACCAAGGAUGUUGGCGGCGACCCGGAGGAGGAGCAAGAGGCACCAGACUUUGGUCUCCUCGAGAUCCCCGACGACCAGCUUGACGAGGCGCAAAUCAAGCAGAAGCGGCAGCAGCGUCUUCUCAAGUCGAACCACGAGGCCCGCGCCCGUGCCAAGGCCGAAAAGGAGGCUGAAAAGGCCCGUGUCGAGGAGGAGGCGCGCCUGGACAGGGAGCGGCGCGAGAAUGACCUGGAAGGCUGGCUGGACGAGAAGCGACAGCGACGCCUCGAGACGCUGUCCAAGAUUAAGGAGCGCGACCGCCUCAAGGCCGACCUCGGCAACCGCAAGUCGCUGGCGUCGCAGAUCCGCAUGAAGAGCAUCGCCAACCUCGCGUCGGACAACCCGACCAAGAAGCGGCGGCGGGGCGGCGACGACGACAACUUUGGCGCCAACGACGACGACUGGGGCGUGUACCGGCAGAUCGCCGUGGGCGACAACAGCGACGACGAGCAGGAGGAGGAGGACCUGGCAUCCAACCUCAAGCAGCUCGAGCAGGAGCUCCUCAAGUACGACCCGGAGUUCGACUACGAGCAGACCGAGGAGGCCAAGUCGGACUGGUCCAAGUCGCUGCUGCACGCCUUCGCGCGCGGGCCCCGGCCCUUCAACCCGGCGUCGCAGGCCGAGCUCAACCAGAUCCACCUCAACGUCGAGCGCAUCCGCGUCCCCGAGGUCGUCUUCCGCCCCUCCAUCGCGGGUGUCGACCAGGCCGGCAUCGUCGAGAUCGCCGGCGACGUCCUCAACCAGCGCCUCGCGGGCGUGCCCAACCGCGACGACUUCCUCCGCGACAUCUUCCUCACCGGCGGCAACACCCUGUUCCGCAACUUUGACGACCGCCUGCGCGACGGCCUGCGCGCCCUGCUCCCCGCCGAUGCGCCCCUCGUCGUGCGCCGCGCCGCUGACGCUUGCCUCGACGCGUGGAAGGGCGCCGCUGGGUGGGCCGGCUCGCCGGCCUGGAAGGAGGCGCGCAUCUCGCGCGAGGAGUACCAGGAGAAGGGACCCGACUACAUCAAGGAACACGAUAUGGGUAACUCGUACGCGUGA